UGCUCACUGGGGUGGCUGGGACCGUUAGCUCGCCAGGCUGGCAGGCUCCGGGGCCCAGCUCCGCCAGCCGCCGGGAUGGAGACUAUGCGAGCACAGCGGCUGCAGCCCGGCGUAGGUGUCGGCGGGAGAGGCACUCUACGAGCACUGAGGCCGGGGGUGACCGGGGCCCCAACUAGCGCCGCCACACCCCCCGCAGGCCCGCCGCCCGCCCCACCGCCCCCCGCCCCGCCCCCGCCGCCACUGCUUCUGGCUGGGGCCCCCGGGCUGCCCCUGCCCCCCGGCGCUACGGGGAGCCCGGCGGUGCUGCGCGAGGCGGUGGAGGCGGUGGUGAGGAGCUUCGCCAAGCACACGCAGGGCUAUGGUCGAGUGAACGUGGUGGAGGCCCUUCAGGAAUUCUGGCAGAUGAAGCAGUCUCGGGGCGCUGACCUGAAGAACGGGGCUCUGGUGGUGUACGAGAUGGUCCCCUCCAACAGCCCUCCCUACGUCUGCUAUGUUACUCUGCCUGGGGGGAGUUGCUUCGGGAGUUUCCAGUUUUGCCCCACAAAAGCUGAGGCCCGGCGAAGUGCUGCAAAGAUUGCAUUAAUGAACUCCGUGUUUAAUGAGCAUCCAUCCCGAAGAAUUACUGAUGAAUUUAUUGAGAAGAGUGUCUCAGAGGCCCUGGCAUCUUUCAAUGGUAACAGAGAGGAAGCCGACAACCCAAACACGGGGAUUGGUGCCUUCCGAUUCAUGCUGGAAUCUAACAAGGGCAAGUCAAUGCUGGAAUUCCAGGAGCUGAUGACAGUUUUUCAGCUGUUGCACUGGAAUGGCAGCCUUAAGGCCAUGAGAGAAAGACAGUGCUCUCGACAGGAGGUGUUGGCUCAUUAUUCACAUCGGGCCUUAGAUGAUGACAUUCGCCACCAAAUGGCUUUGGACUGGGUGAGCCGGGAGCAGAGUGUGCCAGGGGCACUGUCAAGAGAGCUGGCUUCCACUGAACGGGAGCUCGAUGAAGCCAGGCUGGCGGGCAAGGAGUUGCGCUUCCACAAGGAGAAGAAAGACAUUCUCAUGCUGGCUGCUGGGCAGUUGGGCAAUAUGCAUUCUUCCAGCUGUUAAGCACCUGCCCUCUACUCGCCAGGGCUCUUCAGGCCCUUUUUUGUAUGUCUCCUUUUUAAGACGUAGGAUGAUGAUUUCUGUAUAUACUUUCUCAAUUUUAUACUUUAAAAUAGAGAUAUAUAUGUAUAAAUUCUACACCUGGCUUCCUAUUUGCUAAGAGAUCCAUUUUCUAACUUCCACUUUGGGGAUUAGUUACCUUUGAAAUCUCAGUGUUCUAUUUUAGAGCACAGUUGGCUCUUAAACCUUCAGAUUAUCUAAGUCAUUAACAUGUACAAUUUACUAAGUGUUCCUGUCUCUUUAAAGAGCUAUGAUCUCUGCACUCAGGAGUCUGAGGCAGUAUUGCUGUGAAUAUGAGGCCAGCCUGGUCUACAUAGUAAGUUCCAGGUCAGCAUGGGCUGCAGUGUAUAAGAUCCUGUCUCAGACCCCUCACCUCCCACAUAGAAGUCACAGUGGGAACAGGGAGCCUGUGCUCACCUCCCCCAUAUUCUUGGUUUCUCUCCACUAAAAUAGGGUGGGAGUGUCAGGUUUUGGUUAGCAGCGACCUUCCGAUGUACCUCUCCUGCUCACUUUCCUUUUUCCUUGCCUCUAAGUGCUCCUUCAUAUGGGGGCUUCCCUACCUUAUCCUGAAGGAGACCUGCUUCCUUUUGUUCUGUGGGACAUUUUAUCACAGCCUGGAACUCAUCCUAUAGACUAGGAGGAUGGCAUACUUGUGGGUGUAGGCUGCUGAGAUCACAGGCAUGGGACACCAGGCCUGACCUGGUUCUUAUUUUAAAGUCACUCUGAGAAACUGCCUAAGAACAAGAGAGUUGGGGUUGGGGAUUUAGCUCAGGAAGCGCAAGGCCCUGGGUUCGGUCCCCAGCUCCGAAAAAAAGAACCAAAAAAAAAAAAAAAACAGAACAAGAGAGUUACACACCCAGUUCAUAUGGUGGUGGGUAGCUGGGACUACCUAAGCUGCCCCUGGGCUCAUCUACCCCUACUAGCAGUCUAGAUUUCUGGAUGUGAGAAGAGGGUAAGGGUUGAGGCUGCUUGCCUUCCACCGUUCCCUGGAGUCACCAGUCUUACUCACCAGACUUAAUAAAGACACACUCACACAUACGUGUACAUACAUACACACACACACACACACACACUCACACGCUUUUUCCAUUUUGUUUAUGUAGCCCAGGCUGGCCUCCAACUCUCCUGGUAGUUGAGAAUGACCUGAACUGCAGACUUCCUCUGUCAGCCUCCUACAUGCUAGGGUUUCAGUGAAUACCACCUCAGCUGCCUCAAUCCUUCCUUUCAGGACAAGACGCUUCUUGUUCUUUAGAAACUGUAGCUAUUCUGUUUAGAGAGAACCAUGUCCCUCUCUUGUCUACUGAGCUAUGCUGUUUACUCUGAAAUGUACACACCUUGCAUUCUCAAUUCCUGCUUCUUCCUUCUCCUCUACACUGACUGUGAGAACAGGGGUAGUGAAGCUUGGAUUCGAAGGUGGCUCUUCUUAAGCACAACAGAUUACUUGUGUGUGAAGAGAAAACUAACCUGGAGGAUAGGCAGGGAGAAUUUUAUGUAGUAAGCUCAAUCUUCCUUUCUGUGGUCUCUGCUAUAUUGUAUUAUUGUUCAGUGCACUUUCUAUCAAGUUGGGACAGUUAAUGCCACUAUAAUUCGACUUCCCAUUUAACAGUUGCAGUUUGAUUUUAGAUUAGGAGUUGGGUCUGGUGGUGCAGGUCUGUAAUCUCAGCUAUAAAGGAGGCUAAGGCAAAAUUGGAAAUUCAAGGUCUACCCCAGCUAGAGUGAGCUGAGGGGCAACCUGAGUAACUUUGCAAGACUGUCUCAAAAAACAUGAAAUAAAAACAGGGUUGGGGACAUAGCUUAGUGGAAGAGAGUCUGCCUGGCAUGUGAGGCCUGGGUUUAAUCCCUACUGCAAAAAGGGUAGGGGAGUGAGAGGUUUGGCAGGAAGAGAGAGGGGAGCAUGGUUAGAUCAGUUAGCUCACUGGGUAGGAACAAGGUGAAAAGCAGCUUUCUUACUUUUAAAAUCAUCUUUGUGACAAGGACACAUGGGAUCAGAGUAGGGUGUCCAGUUAGAUUGGUGUCAGUGCUUGGAGAAGGGUUCUUUGAUUCCUUUAGUUAGCCCUGUCUCUUUGUUUCAUAAAACACACUGGGUUGGAACAGAGGCUCCUGAGUUACAUGAUAUGGGUGACUUUUAAAUUGAUAUUUAUAACCUAGACACCGUGAAUCCUCCAGUUUCUCCUGGGCUCCUUUUUUUGUGUAAGAUGUGUUAAGGGUUAUAGUUUGGGGAAGAAUUGUCCUUGUACCUCCUGGAAUUAUUGUUUUUCUCAAAAACCCAAGACUCCAAAGAACAUGAGAAAAAUUGUUCUGUCCACUUUUGAUGUUGAAGAUUUUAGUUAUCCUUUUGGUACAUUCUAUGUAUUUUCUAUGUAAAAUUUUACACAAUUAAAAUGAUUUUUUUGUCUAUUAA